AAACGACAGGAAUAAGAAUCGUUUCUUGAAGACCACGGAUCGUUGUUACGCAUGCGUGCUUUGUGUCAUGGCAGGCCGAACCGCGCAGAGACGCAGCAUCCACAAUUCCACGACCAGGCCAGUAGUCCGCGACCAGCUCUGCUGCUUACAGCGUGUAGCUGGUGCAAGCGAAUUGCAAUAUACCAACAGCACCUCCUCCGUCAGACCUCUUUGGGCGGGCGGAACAGCCUGCCGUAACAAGACAAACAAACAAGCAAAAAUAUUCUCCGCGGUGAACAACUUUUUCGCUGAUUCACCUCUGGUGAAUCAGCUAAAAGGCAUUAUGGUAAGAAAAACUCGGCAAGCGAGCAACACCGAGCCGGGACCACCAGACGAAAACCAAGAAAAUCGCGGACCUCCAACUGUGAAUCUCGCAGUCAGUCCUUCAGAAAGUCAAUCAUCAGUACGAUCGCUGUCCCCGUCACGCCAGCGGCAAGUGAACUUCCUGAAGCCGGCAGCCAAUACUACACUGGAUAGAAAGGCAUCUAUUAUUGAUGAGACUACUGGCAUUACUCGCACGCAAAUGAAAGAAUUCCGCGAAGCAUUCCGCCUAUUCGACAAGGACGGUGAUGGGACGAUAACUAAGGAAGAGCUGGGUCGUGUGAUGAGAAGCUUGGGCCAGUUUGCCAGAGUUGAGGAAUUGCAGGACAUGUUGCAAGAAGUGGAUAGUGAUGGUGACGGCAACGUAAGUUUCGAAGAGUUCGUGAAUAUUCUGUCCAAAUCAAUGUCCGGUUCUGGAGGAAACACGAGUUCAGCGGAACAAGAGGAACGGGAACUGAGAGAUGCUUUCAGAGUAUUCGAUAAGCACAACAGAGGCUACAUUUGUGCGUCUGACUUGAGAGCUGUACUGCAGUGCUUGGGAGAGGAUCUGUCGGAAGAAGAAAUCGAAGACAUGAUCAAGGAAGUUGAUUCUGACGGAGACGGCCGUAUUGACUUCUUGGAAUUCGUCCGAGCACUUGGUGAACCAGAAGACGCGUGUGAUGACGAGGAAGACGAUGAUCUCAUCGACGCUGACAUUUCCCAACAGAGAUCUGUGUUGGCUCUGUAAAUUUCUACUCUAUGUCUAUUUUACAGUUGCUCAAUAUCGAAUAUUUGACCAAUAUUUCAUAAUC